AUGAGCCAGGUCAAGAACCUGCGUGCCAUGUUUGAAAGCAAAGGCGACUCCAGCCCGCCAGAUAGCAGAGGUCGCUCUCCAACAGCAGCUUCAUCCACUUCCGAAGCUCCCAGACCUCUUUCAAAAAUCAGAACCAACUUUGUUGCCGUAGAAAAAGACGGCCGCAUCGGACUGAAACGAGACCAGAGCGGCGAUUCCAGCGUCUCCCGACGACGUCUCAGCAACGACACAGAGCCCAGUCUCUAUCGCACAAGAAGCAAAAUGUCCACCCAAGACGAUUCUGUCAGAACACCCGCCGCCGAGUCUAUCCCUGAGGCUCCGGAUGCUGUUGAGGUUGCCACCGAGCAGCCCAGCAACAUCUCCGAAAAUUCAGGCAAUUCUCCCGCGAAACCCAAGGAUGCGACUCCGGCCAAACCCGCCGCCGCUUCACGUCCCAGUGUGACACCUUCCAAAACAGCGACCAAGCCUGCCGCAUCCAAGACAGAACCUAUGAAGCGACCGGCCACCAAGCCCGUCGCACCGACAAGGGCUACCGGUGGCACCGCAAAGAAGCCAGCUCCUGUCAAGACUGGAACCAAUGACGCGGGCUUCGUCAAACCCAAGCCAAAGUCCCCUACGAAGCCCGUCCAUCUGCCGUCGUCGCUAAUGGCUCCGACAGCUGCUUCUGCCCACAAGGGCGGAGCAGCUCGACAGUCGAAUCUGCCCCAAUCCGCCAGCGCGCAUGCUGUUGGUAGCUCUACUGCUUCUAAGCCUGUGAAGCGCCAGAGCUCUGUAGCAAACCGUCAACGACCAAGCCUUGGAGUUCCCUCCACUAGCAAGCCCCCACAAGAGCCUGCGUCUAGCAAGAGAGCAAGCCAUGUUGACGAGGGGUUCCUUGCGCGUAUGAUGCGUCCUACUGCAGCGUCAUCGAGCAAGACGACAGACAAGGGUGCUCCUACUACUCCACCAAAGAAGACGGCACCACGCACUUCGAAUGUUGGCGCCGAGAACGUGAAGCGCACUGUCAAGAGCCCAGUGGCUAAUCGUGCCGGCUCUGCUGCUCGCUCUAGAGAAGCUACUUCUCGUGCUGAAAAAGCCGCGACAAAGCCCCCAACCACGAAGAAGACAUCUUCCGUAACCAAGGCGGCCGCCGCGCCCGCGGCCGCGGCUACCGCGGCUGUCGCUGGUGCUGCUGCUGUUGCCUCCAAGGUGCUUCCUGACUCAGCUACGUCUAAGCUGGCUGACAAGCUUCAAGAUCUCGGAAUCGAGGAACCAAAGGAAGAAUUGAAGAGGGGAUCAGCGCCCGAGCGUACCUCUGAGCCCGAAGCUCACCCGGUGCCCGAACCAGUUGUGCCUGAGCCCGAAGCCACAACGAUUGCUGAAGCCGCUUCCGCUGAAGAGGUUGAGCCCGAGAUCGAGCCCGAGAUCGAAACUAGAGCUGAGCCUGAAACUGUCGAGGAGUAUGCGGAGGAGCCCGAAACCAUUGAAGAUACCCACCCUGAUGUCGAAGAGAAGCACGAAAUCGCUCCCGUUGAGGAGAUUGAGGAGCCUGAGCCUGUCGCCGAGGAGAAGGGGCUUGUUGCAAAGGAUAUUAUUCAAGAGCCAGUCAUCGAGGAGGACCUCCAUGCCCGGGAAGAGCCCGCGCCUCUUGAGGAGGCUGCUCUCGAAGCCGCCCAGGUCGAGACUGCUGAGGAGGCGAUUGAUAUUGCCGAGGAGGCGGACAAGCACUCUGCCAGUCUCGACAAUAUCGUCAAGCCCGAAGAGCCCGUCGUUGAGCACCCCGCCGCCAAGGAGAGCGCUGUUGGCAAUGGCCACGUUAGCAAGCUUGACCCCGUUGUCGACGCUGAGCCUGCCUCGACCGUCCCCAAGCUCCCCGAAACCACCCCUGAGCACGCCGAGGAGGUCAUCGGCGAGGAUGCUGACACGGCUGCAUAG